AACAUUACGAAAAUGUCAUAAUUGAAGUCAAUUUUUAGUGAGUACUACAAUCCAUUUUGUAAAUUUCAUUGUGAACGAAGAAGUAAGAGUUUUUUAAAAGUUAUCUUCCCGGCAGCACUAUGUUUUCGAACCUCACAAGUAUUUUAAAAACUUGGGAAAUUAGUUUAUAUUAAAUUUUAGAAAAUCUUUAUCAUAUAAUGGAUCAUUCUUCAAAUCAGUGGUCAUACUUCAACAGAUUGCAUCCUAAGUUUCACGACAAAACCCACGAAAAGGCUUUUCAGAAGAAAAUUUCGUUAUUGCCGUCCACUUCGGGCCCUUGUUCAUGCCCAAAUUACAGACCACUUGACAGUAAGCAAAGAAGAAAUUACCAUUCAUAUUUUAAUGAAGUGUACGAAUGUAAAGCGGGUUCAAAAAGAACAGCUCCUCAAGUAAGAACGGAUAGUGCAACUUGUGCAAAUGUGUCGUCAAGAAAACGAAAAUCUUAUCACGAUAAACGAUUUCAUAACGAGCGUGAUGCUAGGUUUAUUAAAGCCACAGCUGCACGUUUAAUUAAACGUUUAAAUGAUCCUCAACUAAUUACAGUACCAGAAAAUGAGCUGCUCAUGAAGAAACGCAUCCUAGAGAAAACAAAAGAACUACUUCAGCUAAUAGAAUUCAGACAGAGUUAUCAUAAGCACCUGAUAGAGUUCAAACGUCUUGUAAGAAAAUUAACCAAAUGGAUCACAUUGAUUAUGGAAUGUACAGAGCAUAAUUAUUCAGAAUUAUCGAAACGUGACAGCGAUAUAGCAAAGCGGAGAAACAUGCCACUAAACAUAUUCGAAAGCUACGAAGAUGAAAGCGAUAGCGAUAACAGUGAGAGUACAACGAGAAUACAAAGCUUCAAAUAUUGGUUCGAAAAAACAUGCCGAUCAAAGAAGCGCAUUAAAACCAAAAGAAAUGCUUUACCAAAAGGAUUAGAAGUCAAAUGUACUUCAGUGUUCAGUAUGAUGGAGAAAUGGCCGCUGGAGAAGAAACAUUCGAUACAAAAAGAAACCAAAAGCAUUCAGUGGUUGGGAAUGUCUGACAAAUGUACGCAACUCUACUGUAAAAGAAAAUCAUCCAAGAAAAGAUGCCAUCAGAAGACGAACGUUCAAUUACAAACCGCUAAAAGAAAUUUAGUAGAUAACGAACGGCAUUUUGAUUCACUAAAUCAGACCACUAGUACUGUUAUGAGAUCAGAAUGCGAUCUGCCAACAGUUUCGGUAGCAAACUGCAUUCCAUUACUUUGUAAAACACCCAAAGACCCUUUUGCUUUUUAUUUACCUCUAAAGAAUACUCCGAAAGUUCUAAAUACCCAACUGUACCUUUCAGAGUCAGCGCGUGAUUUGACAUCUCAAGAAGAUGAGACCUUCAAUGAACCCAAGGUAACCAUCAAUUUAAGACAAAGAUCACCAACUGAAACGUACUCAGAUGAUGAAUUUUGUAAUGAUAACAAGAAAGACAGUAAAGAAACGCUGUCCAUUGAAAGUAAAGGUGUAGAAACGGCAUUCCCAAAUAUUUUGAGCUCUUCUACAAGCUACCAGUCCAUUGCCAACCGAGAAAGAAGGAAACAAAACCGGAAAUCAUUAGCAAUUAAAAAUAUCUUCAGCACUGACUUUUUUGAUGGGAAUUCGACAGAUAAUGAAACAGUUUAUUGUGGAUUUGAAAUAAAUGAGCUAUGCAAUAAGAGGAGUUCCUGUUUGACAAAUACCACCUCCGAAAACGAUAGCGUGAUUAAUUCUAAAAAGGUCAGAAAAUUCAGCAGACUGCCCAAACCUCGAACGAGUACCGAACCAUGUGAAGUAAAAUUCAAAUUUAAUAGAAACGUUUGUACGUUUAGUGUGAAUUAUAAUCCAUCAAAAGUGUUAAGUAAUUUAGAAAGCGCGAGUGAUCAAAGUCAGUUAAACAAUGGAGGAUUGCAGACCACUGAAACUGAAAAAAACCAGCUAAACAAUGAAGGAGAGAACAUCAAUGAAAUUGGAAACAUUGUUACUACAAAGCAAAGUCAGUUAAACAAUGAAACAGCGAAGAUCGGUGAAACUGAAGAAAAUUUGGCUGCAAAGCAAAAUCAGUUAAACAAUGAAGAAGAGAAGAUCAAUGAAAUUGGAAACAUUGUUACUACAAGGCAAUGUCAGUUAAGCAGUCAAAGAGUAGAGAUCAGUAAAAUUGAAAAAAAAUUAACUACAAGGCAAAGUCAGUUAAACAAUGAAAGAGUGGAGAUCAGUGAAAUUAGAAAAAUUGGUUCUACAAGGCAAAAUCAGUUAAACAAUGAAACAACGAAGAUCGGUGAAUCUGAAAAAAAUUUGGCUACAAGGCAAAAUCAGUUAAACAAUGAAGGAGAGAAGAUCAAUGAAAUUGGAAACAUUGCUACUACAAGGCAAAGUCAGUUAAGCAAUGAUGUAGUGGAGAUCAGUGACUUUGAAAAAAUUUUAACUGCAAGGCAAAGUCAGUUAAACAAUGAAGGAGUGGAGAUCGGUGAAAUUGAAAAAUAUUCAGCUACAAGGCAAAAUCAAUUAAACAAUGAAAGAAUAGAAGUCAGUGAAAUUAAAAAAAUUGCUACUACAAGGCAAAAUCAGUUAAACAAUGAAGAAGAGAAGAUCAGUGAAAUUGGAAACAUUGUUACUACAAGGCAAAGUCAGUUAAGCAGUGAAAGAGUGGAGAUCAGUAAAAUUGAAAAAAAAUUAACUACAAGGCAAAGUCAGUUAAACAAUGAGAGAGUGGAGAUCAGUGAAAUUAGAAAAAUUGGUACUACAAGGCAAAAUCAAUUAAACAAUGAAGGAAUGAAUAUCAGUGAAAUUGAAAAAAAAUUAACUACAGACCAAAGUGAGUUAAAAAAUGAAAGAGUGGGGAUCAACGAAAUUAGAAAAAAUAGUACUACAAGGCAAAAUCAGUUAAACAAUGAAGGAGCGCAGAUCGCUAAAAUUGAAGAAAUUUGUACUACAGGGCAAUGUGAGUUAAACAAUGAAGGAGCGGAGAUCACUGAAAUUAGAAAAAUUAGUACUACAAGGCAAAAUCAGUUAAACAAUAAAGAAACGGAGAUCGCCGAAAUUGAAGAUACUUUAACUACAAGGCAAAAUCAGUUAAACAAUGAAGGAGCGGAGGUCAGUAAAAUUGAAGAAAUUUUAACUACAGAGCAAAGUGAGUUAAAAAAUGAAGGAGUGGAGAUCACUGAAAUUAGAGAAAUUACUACUACAAGGCAAAAUCGGUUAAACAAUGAAGAAGCGGAGAUCGCUGAAAUUGAAGAAACUUUAACUACAAAUCAAAGACAGUUAAACAAUGAAGGAAAGGAAGUCAGUGAAAUUAAAGAAAUUUUAAAUACAAAUCAAAGUCAGUUAAACAAUGAGGGAGUGGAAACAAGUGAAAUUAGAAAAAUUUGUACUACAAGGCAAGAUCAGUUAGACAAUGAAGUCAGCAAUGAAGCAGAGGUCAGUAAAAUUGAAGAAACUUUAACUGCAGAUCAAAUUGAGUUAAACAAUGAAGGAGUGGAUAUCAGUAAAAUUGAAUUAAUAACUACAAACCAAAGUCAGUUAAACAAUGAAGGAAAGCAGAUCAGUGAAACUACAGGGCAAAAUCCACCAUUAAAAAACAUUGGUGAGGUAUCUAAUAAACCAAUGUUACAGUCAGAUUCCUUAACCAAUACGAAUUUGUUGAAUACAACUCUUCAGAAAUGCGAUGACACCAAUAAUUUGUCGAAAAUACAAUCCGGUUCAUUAUCUGAAAAUAAUAUGGUAAAUACUUGUACAAAUAAUGAGGAAGCAGCAAACAAGAACGACUUAUUAUCAAAGAGCGAACCCACGAACAGAAUAAGAUCAAAAAAGAAGUGGAAAAAUACCCUUAUACCAGACGCCAUGAAACGCAAAAGCAAAUAUAUUAACAAAAUUAAUAGAGCAGCUUCUUUUUCAAAGCAUAAGAAAUCGCAAUUGGAAAACAAAACUCAUAAAAUUAAUGAAAACACGGUUUCAGAUUUACCAAAAAUUGAGAACUGUAAUAAUAUGCAUCAAAAAGUUGUUGAUACUCAGCCAGAAAAAGGUGAUACACUGAAAAAACUAGACGACAGUGUCAGUGAUCCUGAAACAAAAAUUAACCAAUCAACAAUUCAACGAGAUAUUAUUGAAUCAUCGGAGACAAUUGAAGAGAUAUUAAAUGUUAUACCUACAAAUAUUGUUUGCCUAAGUCCUAAUAGUAGCGAUGCUCAGAAUAACAAGAAUUUUGAUAGUAUUAAUUCUUCUAAUAACACUGCGGUAGCUAUUGAUGUGGCAAAUUCAAAGAACUUAUCUUGUAAUGAUAUUAAGGAAUCAGAAAUGACUGAAAAUAAUAAUAUGAACUGCAGAGAGCUCAAGUCUCUCAAUAAAGAUGCGUCAAUAAGCAAUGUUACAACAAAUAACACCAGUUCCCUGAAGAAUAAACAGAUAAUUGAAAGUAAAACAAUAUUGUCAAAACUUACAAAGAAUCGUGACAACAAGACUAACCAAAAACCUUCAGAAAAUUCUAAAAGUGUAAAGAAAAUAUGCGAACCGAAUUUAAAAGGUAUUUACAUUACCAAAAAGUUACCAGAAAAAGAAACAUGUCCCAGUUCAGAAAAAAGCAAAACAGGCAUAAGCAGAAUACCAAAAUGGCGAUCUAUGACGUUACCGCCAGUUUCUAAAAGAAACAAUGCAACUAUAAAUAAAAAUAAACUCGAAAACACUAGACCCAAAACAGAACCAAACCCUAGGACUUCAAAAAUCGUUGAUCAGGCAGCUCAAACAAUUGCUACAGAAAUAGUAAAAACAAUAGAAAUCAAAGACGCUGCUGAAAAUACAGAUAUUAUAAAUAAUCAGAUCAAAAGACGAAACGUUAAUAAUAAUAAAGUUAUUAAGGUGAGUAAAAUUAAUGCAAAAAAGCGACCUACUGUGUGCGAAGAAGACACUACAGCAAAACGUCCGAGAACCGAUAGCGAUGAACGUAGAUUUCCUUCAACUGCUUUGACUAAGCCAACUAUUAGUAGUAUGAAUAAACAAACCAGUAGAUAUGGAACAACCAUUGACAAUAAAUUCCACAUAAAUUCACAGAAAAGAAAGGGAAAGGGUCCAGUGAAAAUAUUGGCAUUUUCGCGCAAAUCAUUUGCUUCAAAGAAAAAUUCGAUCAACAGAGAAAGGCCGAUUGACAUCGUAUCUCCUAAACAAAGGCGGGGUAAAUUUGAGGCAGAGCCUUAUAAGGGUUUGGGCAAUGAAGAGAAAAAGACAACAUUCCAGUCUGAAAACAUUUUUCAACAAUUUAGAAAUGUUUUGUGUGCAAGGCGCUCUCGUAAGCAAGGCCUCCUGCGAAUGCCGGUCGUUGAAAGGAAAACAAACGUUCCUCGCGAAACAGCAGCAACUGACGAAAACAAAAAAACAACUCACGAUUUAACAGCAGAAAAACCCGAUUCAAAAAUAAAUGAGACAAAUGUGUUAAACAAUUUUCAAAAUAAGUCUUCAAAAAUAAAUUUGAUUAAUCCGAAAGGCUAUUGUGAUUCAGCAACACAAUCAAUUUGUCCAAUCAAUAGACACGUAAAACGUAUAAGACAACCGUUUUCUAAGUUCUAUUAUCCAUUGUGGUACACAAUUAAGAGACGCAAGUUCAAAGGAAAAGAACGAAAACGGGAUAGCAAAAUACGUUCGCUUACAACCAUCAGCUCAAAAGAUUUACCUUCCGUUGGCCAAGCAAAUUCGUCACAUUCUACUAUUUAUCAGAAAACACAUUCUUCAAAAGAAAAUUUGGCCCUUCCAAAUAAUAAACUUGGUGACAAGUUCAGUUGCGAUUGUAUCAAAAUCGAUAAAUCAGAGAAAGAAAUUAAUAAAAUCAAGGAUAUUAAAUUAUCGGAUAAUAGUGAAUCCGAAUAUGUAGAUGAAGCUUUAGAAAGCGAUGAUAAAGAAACAUCUGAUGUAACACAAGGCGCUAAGAAUCGACAUAAAUUAAAACAACACGAAAUUAGUACUGAUAAUGGGCUAUUAACAAAAGCGCUUGAAGAAUUGAAGCGCUACAUUGAAUCAAUGGUAACUAAAGGAUUAGAUGAAAGGCAAAGAAAAACGAAUGAACCUAAACAUACAAACGAAGAACAACUUCUAGAAAUUAACUCAGAUGAAAUGUUCAAAAAAGCAUUAAACACCCUACAUAAUUCGGAAAGGAAAUACAUUAAGGUUAACAUCGAAGAUCAAAGUUCAAUUACUGAUGGUUACACCACUUCAUUGAGCAGUUUCAGUAAAAGUCAGUCUCAAACGACAUUAUCGAUAACAGGGUCUUAUAAAAGCUUAAAUAACACGGAAAGAGAUAACGAAUUCAAAUUAUCAUUUUCUUCGGAAAAAGUACGUGAACUCAUUAAAAAAUCCUGCAGGACCGUGAGUCGUAUCCCUGUGCCACUCAACACCCGAAGAUCGAACAGCGAACAAAACCUUCGCGUCAUUUGUCCAAAUAGAUUUUCGAAAGUUUCAAGUUCGAGCACCCACUCGAUUAGUAGUGCAUGUGCCAAACACAAUCCCAGCAUGAUGUGUUGCAAUCAGCUCGAUACAUGCUCGGUUUUCCUUUUUGAAGUGGCCCGACAUUCUAGAGAGUGGAGUAAAUGGGUCAGGCAGAUUUUCAGCGGCAUCAAUAAGUUCACUUCUUUCGUUAAAGAAAUGAAAGAUGAUGACGCAAAACUGGAUGAGUUUUAUCUCAAUGAAUGGCGCGAUUUUACAGCAAUGGUAGACAAAAUGCUAGCAUCGUGGCGACAAUACAGCAGAGAAGUAAAAAAGGUAACCGAACACGCCAUUAGGAAAUUCAAGAGGAUUGAUGACCGAUGUUGUCCUAAAUGUUUAGAGGAUGGAAUCAUAAGUGAUAGAACGAUGAUGCGUGAAGUGGCUAAAAAAUUAAUAGAUGCCAUCACAACUGCCGAACUUUGGAGGACAUGGCUGGACGAUAUCAUGAAGCAAGCGUCCCUCUUGGUUGAUAUACAACCGAGUCAUAAGCAUCAACUAAAUGUCGUCGAUUAUUCUAAGCACACGUACGACGAUAUGGUCCAGACUUUUUCGCAAAUUGCCUUCUGUAUUGGAGAAGCAUCCAGGGUUAUUCAGAAAAUCGACAUUUCCGAGUUAAAUAAAUAACAUGUAGCAGUUCGACACAAUAAAUUGACUUGAACAUUA